AUGCAUCAUUCAAAUGAUGUUGAUAAUGAUGAUGAUGACCAUCAUCGUCAUCAACUACCUGUAGAAUCAUCAUCCUAUUCACCGAAUAUUUCCUUCACAUUAUCAUCAUCAUCAUCAUCACCAUCGUCUAUUACAUUGCCUUCAUUGUGUUCUUCAACUAAUUCAUAUCAGAAACUAUCAACAACAAUUACAUCCUCGGAUCAAUAUUAUUAUCAAGAUUAUUCGCAUCGUGGUAAACGACGACGUCAAGUUUCUAGUCCAUUAGAAAUACAUAAUAAAUUGAAUAAUGAAAAUGAUUUACUACAAACUCCAUCGAAAAAUCGACGCUGUUCAAGUUUCAAUUCACAAAAAUGUCUAACAAGCAAACAAUCUAUGAAACUAUUAAAUAAUAUUCAUCACAAGAAUAAUAAUAAUAAUAAUAAUAGUUCAGGUAAAUGA